AUGUAUUUAAAAAUAUCAUCAAUAUUUUUAUACAUUUCAAUAUUUUUAAUAUUAUUAAUUUUUCCAAACUAUGUAUUAUCUGAUAAAUUAACAGUCUCUUAUGACAAUAGAGCAAUCAUUAUAAAUGGAGAGAGAAAGUUAUUGUAUAGUGCUUCAAUCCAUUAUCCACGUAGCACACGUACCAUGUGGCCAGACAUUUUAAAGAGAACCAAAGCUGCUGGCAUCAACACAAUCGAAACUUACAUUUUCUGGAAUCUCCAUCAACCCACACCAGACACUUACGACUUUGAGGGUAGCUCAGACGUCAAACACUUUUUGGAUCUUUGCAAGGAGGAGGGUUUCCAUGUCAUUGUUAGAUUCGGUCCAUAUGUUUGCGCCGAGUGGAAUAACGGUGGUCUGCCAUCAUGGCUCAAGGCGGUGCCGGGUAUCGUCUACAGAACUCACAAUGAACCAUUCAUGCGUGAAAUGAAAAAGUGGAUGGACUAUAUCGUCCACUAUCUCUCAGACUAUUAUGCUCCCAACGGUGGUCCAAUUAUCAUGGCUCAAAUUGAAAACGAGUAUGGAUGGUUAGAAUACGAGUACCGUGAACAAGGUGGACCCGAGUAUGUAGACUGGGCUGUAAAAUUGGCCAAAUCAUACAAUACUGGUAUUCCAUGGAUCAUGUGUCAACAAAACACUCGUAGUGAUGUCAUCAACACUUGCAACGGCUUUUAUUGUCACGACUGGCUCCAGUACCAUCAAAGAACGUUCCCAGACCAACCAGCAUUCUUUACCGAACUCUGGACUGGCUGGCCACAAUACUUUGAAGAGGGAUUCCCCACUCGUCCAACCGUCGAUGUUCUCUAUUCGGCCGCUAGAUUCUACUCGCGUGGUGGUGGUAUGGUCAACUACUACAUGUGGCACGGUGGUACUACCUUUGGCCGUUUCACCAGUCCCUUUUUAACUACAUCCUACGAUUAUGACGCACCACUCGACGAAUAUGGUUUCCCACAAGAACCCAAGUACUCGAUGCUCACCAAACUCCACGUCACACUUGAAAAGUACUCUUCGGUCAUCCUCCACGACCCAAACGUCCCUCCGCCAUACGUCUUCCCCGACAACACUGUCGAAAUGAUCGAAUACAAAAAGGAUGCAGAGUCUGUCGUCUUUUUGGUCAACUGGGAUGAUACCUUCGCCAAGCAAGUCGACAUGAACGGAAAGAAUGUCAAGAUUAACCAAUGGUCAGUUCAAAUAUACUACAACAAUGAGUUGGUCUUUGAUACAUUUGAAAUCCCAGCCAAUUUGACUCGUCCCAAUCCACCAUUCAAACCAAUUGCCAAAACAUCUCUAGAUGCCACAGCUGCUGCCACCUCUCGUACUGGUCUAGUCAAUCUUGUUUCAUCGUGGAAUGAACCAUUCUCAUUCCUCACAUACAACGCAUCGUCUCAAACACCAACUGCUCAACUCAAACUUACUGGUGACAAUUCAGACUAUAUCUGGUACGAGACUGAAAUCGAUCUCACCAAGACCGAUGAAAUUCUCUAUCUCUACAAAUCAUAUGAUUUCUCCUAUGUCUUUGUCGAUGGACAAUUCUUGUAUUGGCACCGUGGUUCACCCAUCCAAGCUUAUUUCAACGGCAAGUUCCCAGUUGGAAAACACACCCUUCAAAUCCUCUGCGCUGCUAUGGGUGUCCCAUCUUAUGGAGCUCAUAUCGAACAACAUGAACGUGGUUUGACAGGUGACAUUUUCCUUGGCUCAAAGAAUAUCACAGACAAUGGUUGGAAAAUGAGACCAUUCCUCUCUGGUGAAUUACUUGGUUUACACGCCUCCCCAUCAACCGUAAAGUGGUCCCCUGUCUCCAAAGGCACUGCUGGUUCAGGUGUUACAUGGUAUAAAUUUAAUGUAAAGACUCCUUCAUUUGAAGAUGGUCCUGCAUUUGCAUUAGAUCUUAAAAGUAUGUGGAAAGGAUUAGUAUUUGUAAAUGGAAAUUCAAUUGGUAGAUAUUGGGUUGCUAAAGGAUGGUGUGAAGAAAAGUGUAAUCAAACUGGACUUUAUGACAAUUAUGGAUGUAGAGAGAAUUGUGGAGAAUCCAGUCAAAGAUAUUAUCACGUUCCAAAGGAUUUCCUCAAGGAAUCAUCGGACAAUGAAGUUAUCAUUUUUGAAGAACUCCAAGGUGAUCCAUACUCUAUCGAAUUGGUCCAAAGAAACACCGAGUACAGAGAUGAUUAUCAACAUCAUCGUAUUGAAUCAAAUGGUAUAUUAUCUUCAGAAGAAAGCAGCAGCAACGGUGCCUCUAGUGGCGGGGAUAGUGAUCACAGAGCUGAUAGUGGGGAAACUGCCACCGACCCCCCAAUUGCCGCCACUACAGCACCUGUUACUACUAAUCCACCAACUACACCAACUGACGCUUCUCUUAAAUCAUCAGCUAUCACUCUAGCCUUAUCAAACCCAUUAGGUCUUUUAUUUGCCAUUGUCUCUUCUUUGGUUGUAUUAUCCGUAAUUUAA